AACACAAACAUAGGAUUAAGAGAAUUUUAACACACGAACACGAAAUAUACGAUCCGAACACAACAAGAUGUCGACCCUAAUUUUAUGCAACCAUUCUAGCACAAUCACACGGGUGGGUUUUUUUGGUAGGGAGAGAAACACAAAGCACAAGAAGAGAUGACAGGGGAGUUGUUGUUGCGAGUUUACCAGUCAACCAUUCUACUGCCACCCCAACCUCACCGUUUCCGCCAUCACGCUUCAACUAACCGUACCUACGCCCUUCCGUUGACGAACCGAUCGUCGCCGCCGUCGAUUUGCGCUCACCGAUUACAGCACCAGUUACUUCUCAAGUGUACUGCUACUACCACAGAGGCUAGUGUUGACUACUCUGAGUACUCCAAACCAGACAUCGAGAUCGAAAUCAUCGAACCAGAUACUGGCGGCGGCGGCGGCGUAGGAGGUGGGGCUGGCGGAGAAGGCGGCGGAGGCGGAGGCGGCGAUAGUAAGGAUAGUAACGAGAGUAGUGAAGGAGGAUCGGAGGAAAGCGAUAAUAGCAAGAAGAUGGGGGGCAUGUCUAUGUCUCAGAAAUUGACACUGGCUUACGCUGCUCUUAUCGGAGUGGGUGGAGUUAUGGGCUAUUUGAAGAGUGGUAGCAUGAAGUCAUUGGUAGCUGGUGGACUGUCAGCAUUGCUUCUGUUGUUUAUUUAUUCUGAGCUUCCCACAAGACCAGCUUUUGCAUCAUCCCUUGGGUUUGGCAUUUCUGCUGCUGUUCUGGUAGUGAUGGGUUCUCGAUUUAAGAAGUCCAGAAAGAUAUUUCCAGCUGGUGUUGUAUCCUUUGUGUCCCUUGUGAUGAGCAGCGGAUAUCUUCAUGGAAUUUUGCGCAGCUUGCACUGAAGAUGGUUACGAUUGCGCUGAAGCAGUCUGUUAGUUUGGGGAUGUCCUUAAUCGUUUUUACGUUUUGUCGAGUGGUGCUCCCAAAUGGUUUCUUGGGUGCCAACUGUGAUCUGCAUCUACUUAUGGAGCGAAAACCUGAUAUUUGUAGUAUGUGUUCCACUCUUGCGUAUUUUACUCCAUCUUGUUUACAGUACGGUGUUUAAAUGGAUUUUUUUGGGGCUCAA